AUGCCUAAAAAAUUUGCGGGUGAAAACAGUAAAGCUGUUGCGGCUCGGCAACGCAAAGAGAAUGCUAAACAGGAGAAAGAGCAGAAUCUGAAAAAAAUUAUAGAAGAUGCCGAGUGGGAAGAUAAAGAUGAUAAGCUUAAGAAGAAAACGCAGAAAAAGGAGGAACAAGAAAAGAAGAGGCUAGAGCAGAUACAAAAGAAAGCUGAAGCUAAAGUGUUGCUAGAGAAAGAGAUGGAAUCCAUAAAGGGGAAGGCAGCUUCACAACCACAACCUCAAAAAAUUACUCGUGCACAAAUAUCUCAAAUUAAAGAGAAAACAAUUAGAGCUGAAUCGGAGAAGCCAGUGCCAAAUAGGGUUGUUGUAGAGGAGCCCCCACUUCAAGAAAAUCUCAACAGAUUACAAAUAGAGGGAGAGUCAGCACGCAGUGUAGAUGAGGCAAUAUCUAUACUCAGUGAAAAGGGGGAUAUUGAUAAACAUCCAGAGAAAAGGUUAAAAGCGGCAUAUACAGCCUUUGAAGAAAGCAACCUGCCUAGACUAAAAUCUGAAAAUCCCACCCUAAGGCUAUCACAACUGAAACAACUUUUAAGGAAGGAAUGGCUUAAGUCCCCACAAAAUCCCCAAAACAAUGUUUAG